AUGACAACUUGGUCCACAAGUAUUUUGUUCAUUCUUUAUGUCUUUAGCACAUUAUCUAGCACUGAAUGUGCCAAUGGGACAAUUUCAGCAGUUAUAGCAUUUGGAGAUUCAAUAUUGGACACAGGCAAUAACAACAAUCUCAAUACAAUGACCAAAUGCAACUUCCCUCCAUAUGGAAGGAAUUUUCCAGGAGGAUUACCAACAGGAAGAUUCGGUGAUGGAAAGGUUUUCUCGGACUUGAUAGUCGAAGGACUUGGAAUUAAAGACAUCCUGCCAGCAUAUCUUGAUCGUAAUCUGAAAGAUGCAGAUCUUUCUACAGGCGUUUGCUUUGCUUCUGGUGGUUCGGGUCUUGAUUCCCUAACAGCAAGAAUUCAGUCGGUUCUUUCAGUAUCAGAUCAGCUCCAUCUCUUCAAACAAUACAUAACAAAGCUUGAAGCUGUUGUUGGAAAGGAGAAAUCAAAUGCCAUUAUAUCCAAUGCCUUAUUUCUUGUGUCUUCUGGCAAUGAUGAUAUUGCAAUUACCUAUUACAGUCUCCGUCUCCGAUCUCAAUUUGCCGUUUCUUCUUACACUUCUUUAUUGGUUACAUUGGCUUCUAAUUUCACCAAGGAUUUAUAUGGGUUGGGUGCACGAAGGAUUGCAUUUAUGGGUACACUACCAUUGGGAUGCCUACCAGCAGCAAGAGCUACAGUGGGAGGGAUUCUGUGUGCAGAGACAGUCAACCAAGCAGCACAAAUUUUCAAUUCCAAAUUAUCAUCUGAGCUUAGCGCCCUUAACAACAGCCUGUCUGAAGCCAAAAUAUUCUAUCUUGACGUCUACAGUCCUCUUCUUGAUCUAAUCCAAAACCCACAAAAAUCAGGUAAUUAA